AUGGCAAACACAUUAACGGAAGAGCAAAAACAACGCACGGAAUCAAACAGACUGCAAGCAAUAGAGCGACUUAAACUUAAAAGAAAUGCGAACGAACAGACGAAUCAAACCAACAAUGAUCAACAUGAUCCCAAAGCUGGCAAUGAAGGCGCAGUACAACAUCGUUCAAAGCGAUCUAGACCAAUCACUCCUUACUACGACUACGAUUUCAGCAAAAUGGUAGAUUCAAAAGGAGGAUACAUUGUAGAAGAAGAAAAAGACGAUCGUCUAAAGGAACUAUCGAAAGAUAAUAUAAAAAUUGUACCGUAUCACCCUCCAUCAAUCGAUCCAACAGAAAACCCAAAAUGCAAAGAAUGUGAUUCUAUGGAUCUUGAUCCUGUAUUCUUUCAGGUGUUCUCAAUCAACAUAUGUCCAAUUUGCAAAGAGAAAUUCCCUGAAAAAUACAGUUUAAUUACAAAAACAGAAGCAAAAGAGGACUAUCUAUUGACAGAUCCUGAGUUGCGAGAUAAAGAUCUGCUUCCGCAUUGGUCAAAACCAAAUCCUCGAAAGUCUACAUGGAACAACAUGAUGCUUUAUGUUCGCGAGAUGGUAGAGGAGUAUGCUUUUAAAAAAUGGGGAGGACCAGAAGGUCUAGAUGGAGAGUAUGAACGGCGCGAGGCACAGAAAAAAGAAAAGAAAGAUAAAAAAUUCAAAGAUAAACUUGCAGACAUGAGACGUAAAACGAUGACAAGUUCCUGGGAAAGAAAGAGACAAGAAGGUCCCCACAAGCACAAAUUUGAAGACACUAUUGAAGACGAAGAUGGAACAACGACUCAAACGUGUACAGAAUGUGGGCUUGUUAUUGAAUCAGAGGAGUUUUGA